AGAAGAUAACUGCUUAUGUACACAACAGAGGUGGCCUCAGGAGACAAGGAGAAGGAAAGGAACGUCAACAUCACAUCAGCAAGAAUGGGAGGGAACAAGGCGGCGGUGGUGAUGGUGGUUGUCGGUUUGUUUACAUUGCCUGCGCGUGGCGGGGUUGUAUCUUUCGAAAGUCGCGCCAAAAGGAACAUAGCACAACAGGAGGCCAAUCUAGUAAACGGAGGAGGCGCAGAAGGAGGAGGAGGAGGAGGAGGAGGAGGAGGAAAAGGAGGAGGAGGAGAACCAAUGUGUCCUGAAUUCUGUCCCUUUGACUACACCCCUGUCUGUGGAAGCGACAGGGUUACUUACACCAAUCCUUGCUCCCUGUCAAGAGAGGCGUGCACCAAACCCACCCUCAGCGCCUCCUACAUGGGCCCCUGCGAUCCCUUCCUGAAUUUCUCCCCCACCACGACCACCACCGCCCCUGCCCCUGCUCCCCCGCCAGCCUCAGGGGGCGGGGCGGACAGUGGCAGCCCUAUGUGCUCCGGGGUGUGUCCUGCGUUGUUCGCCCCGGUGUGUGGCAGCGACGGUGUCACCUACAGCAACACCUGCCAGAUGGAGUUUGCCGCCUGCCUCACCACCAAGACCAUCACCGUGGCCAAGGAGGGCGCCUGCGAGGAUGACUCCACCACCACCACGCCGGCGCCCACGUGCUCCAAGCAGUGUGGCCGGAUUUCCUUCCCCGUCUGCGGCAGUGACGGCAAGACCUACGAGAACGUGUGUCUGCUGGAGAAUGCUGACUGUGAGGGCAGAGCCGCGGGAGGAGGGAGCAUUAUUGUCGUGGCGGAAGGCCCGUGUGAAUCCACGACAGAGGCGCCUGCCCCCCCAGCGCCCGCGUGCUCGCAGAAGUGUACCCGCAUUUUCUUCCCCGUCUGCGGCAGUGACAACAAGACUUACAACAACAAGUGCCUGCUGGAGGUGGCAGACUGUGAGAGCAGAGCCGCGGGCGGCGGGAGUAUCAUUGUCGUGGCGGAAAGUCCGUGUGAAGCCACGACGGAGGCGUCACCUGUGCCCGUCCCAGAGACUUCAUCCUGCUCCAAGCAGUGCACCCGCAUCUUCCUCCCCGUCUGCGGCAGUGACGGCAAGACCUACAGCAACCAGUGCCUGCUGGAGAUUGCUGACUGUCAAAGCAAAGCCGCGGGAGGCGCGGGCGUGACCCGCGUCUCAGAAGACGCGUGUGAAGCCACGACGGAGGCGUCACCUUCUGUGCCCGUCCCAGAGACUUCAUCCUGCUCCAAGCAGUGCACCCGCAUCUUCCUCCCCGUCUGCGGCAGUGACGGCAAGACCUACAACAACCAGUGCCUGCUGGAGAUUGCUGACUGUCAAAGCAGAGCCGCGGGAGGCGCGGGCGUGACCCGCGUCUCAGAAGACGCGUGUGAAGCCCCGGUGGAUGUUUCGCCGCCUCUUGUUCCCGUUCCGGAGACGCCCUCGUGCUCCAAGCAGUGCACCCGCAUCUUCCUCCCCGUCUGCGGCAGUGACGGCAAGACCUACAACAACCAGUGCCUGCUGGAGAUUGCUGACUGUGAGAGCAGAGCCGCGGGAGGCGCGGGCGUGACCCUCGUCUCGGAGAACGCGUGUGAAGCCACCACUGAGGCGCCGCCCCCCACACCAGUCCCCUCGGCGCCCACCUGCUCGCAGAAAUGUACCCGGAUUUCCUUCCCCGUCUGCGGCAGUGACGGCAAGACCUACGAGAACGUGUGCCUGCUGGAGGUGGCGGACUGUCAGAGCAGAGCCGCGGGCGGCGGGAGCGUCAUUGUCGUAUCGGAGGGCCGGUGUGACAUGAUGUUUGAGUCCCUGGGCAGCGGAUGCCGCACCAAGUGUUCUGACGAGUACGAACCGGUGUGCGGCUCAGACGGCCAGACGUACACCAACGAGUGUGUGCUGGAGUCCAGGAACUGCGGGCGGGGCGUGUACAUCGUGGACGACGCGCCCUGCGGGGGCAAGGACGGCAACACGGAGGUGGACACAGCUCUAAACAUCGUCCUGGCCUCCUCCUUGUCCUCCCAGCAGCCUUCGCCUCUGGACGCCAACAGCCCCGGCAACCAACUGUCCUCCUCUUCAUCCUCCUCUGCCGGGAACGUGCCUGCGGGCCUGCACGAGGGAAUUCAAGCCCCUGUGUGGGUCAGAUGGCGUGACCUACAGCAACCCCUGCGCCCUGGAAGUGGCCAACUGCAAGAGCCGCGCCAGGGGAGGAACAGAAGUGGUGCGGGAGUUCCACGGACCCUGUGUGGCCGCUUUGCCCCAGGGUCCAGAGUGCGAGGGGCGGUGUGACAGAGUGUACAGGCCGGUGUGUGGCAGUGAUGGGAGACGUACAACAACCCGUGCCUUCUAGAACACGCUGACUGCCUCAACCCCUUCGUGUCCAUCAUUGUGGCGAGCGAGGGGCCGUGUCCUACUAGUGCGCCUUCAGUAGCAGGACCAGCAGCAGGACUCCCCCCAUCAGCCUUCCCGGAGAAUUCUGAGGAGGAGGAGGAGGAGGAGGAGGACGAUGAGUGAGGAGUUAGCAUUCGUGGUGGGCAUCAGUGACACAUCCUACAAGCAGCCAGUCUGAGAUGGAAGGAACGGGUGAAGGAUGUCAAAGGGAAGGAUAAAUUAGAGAGGGUCAAGAGUACUGCCUUCAGGAACUCCCUUUUUUUAAGUCACUCGGUAUAUUCCCUAAGAUAACUUGAAUUUCUGAAGGGAAGAAGUUAAAGGGAAGGAAGGAAGACUGAAGGUUUUUAAGAGGGAAAAAUGAGAGACGAGACAUAAUAUUUCUUUUCAGAACUUCAUUUUUAAGUCACUCGGUUUGUUCCCUAAUAAAAAAAAAAAAAAAACGAAUUUCUAAAGAGAAGAUGUUAAGGGAAAUAAGGCUGAAGGUUUCUAAAAGGGAAAAUUGAAAGAGGAUACAACCAUAAUUUCCUUUCAGAAGUCCUUUUUUUUUUUCUAACCAGUUUAAUUUCUUUCCUAAAAUUAAUUCACCUUUCUGCCAAUGACAAUAAGGGAAAAAAAUUGUUAACUCAUAAGGAAAUGAAAAAUGGAACACGGUACAGAUAACUCUUUCCAGGAAUUCCAAGUUUGAAUCAAAUUUGCCUCGUUCCAAAUACUCAAAUUUCCUGCAGUAAAAUUAAAGGAACCUCAUUUCUACCAAGACACAUUUUCAUAUUUAUUCUGUUUACUAUUUGUUGAUGUUGUGGAGCUUCAGACACUCAUGUAGGGGAUUAAAAUAGUGAAGACUCUGGUCAUUUAAUCUUCUGACGUCCAUUGACCCUUCCUAAUGUUAAUAAAAACAGUCUAAUCACACACAAAACUUAAGGUAGAAACGCGUCCCGGUACUGGAGAGGUAAAUGGAAGGAGAAAUGAGAGAACGGUGUGAAAAAAUAUAUCUUUCUUGCAGUAGAGUUAGGGAAACAAAGAUGAAUAUUAAAAAAAAAAAACGAACGAAAAAAAAAA